AUGCGGCGAUGGGACGACCCGGUGGACGACGAGACAGCUGCAGACGAGGACCUGAACAAGACCAGUGAGAAGCAGAGAGUAGUUAUCAUUGACACCUUCGAAAAUCUUUGGUGUGCUCCGGGUACGCAGGCCAGCUCACACCCGGACAAAGCCCACAUGUUCCCCACUCAUUCAACGACGGAAUCCAGGAUACCCCCAAAGAACGGCACAAAAGAGAAAGGUGAUGUGCAAAUAGAUUUCAAUGCAGAGCGCGGCGAAGAGGGAGUCCAUGACAAAGGCCUCACCAUCAACAAUGUCUUCAAGGUUACCAAGUGUAUCAAGGUGGUCUGA